GAAUGCAUCGACUCUGCACUGCAUCAUCGCCUCCGGCUGACUCCAUCGGAUCGUCUGUUGCCGCUGCUCAUCACGGACAAUCCCGACUCCUUCACCAACUUCUUCACAUCACAUGGCGUUACUAAUAGAGGGGCGGGCGGGCUUUUCUACGCGGAGAGUGCGAGCCUUGGCUGGCACGGCGUGGAGGGGGUUUCUUUUUCUUUUAUGUUGCUGGGUUUUUGAUUUUCGACAAGCGAUCCUGCAUCAUCCAUCAUCGGCGUUAAGAGCGACCUGCAUUUGCACUGGGGCUGGGAGCUUGCUGGCACCGUCCGACAAUCGGACGCUUCCUGGUCACGCCUUUCCAGUGUGGGGUGCGAGACGCCGAAUACCACGACAUUGUUGCUUUCAGAUGAUAUCCAAGAUAGACUACUUACGGAUGGGGCUGGGAGCAACCUGCGCGCUUCCCCUUACCCGACGACGGGUGAGAUGGGGAGGCAGAGCGCCGAACAAGGAUGGAAUGAUUUGCAUGAGGGUGCGGGAUCGUAAUGCUGCGAACCAAGUGCUUUUCCAUAGACUACGCAAAUGGUGUUUUUUCUUGACUCUGAGACUCUCCACCUGCCCGUCGUGUCGUCUCUCGCAGGUGGUUUCAUUGGCGAGGGCGUGGUGGUGGUGGAACUCAUAUCGUCAUGGCCCCCCCAUCCAUCCCACGAGUUGCUGCCAUCCCGCUGCAGGCACGGCAAGCACGGUUGGAGGGCAAAAAGUCUAAUGCUCCCGCCUGCACCGCACCCUCUCCACCAUCCAUCCACUCACCACGCGCCUCCACUCUCUUGCACCCCCGUCCCUUCCAUCCAUUAUCUUCUUGAGCGCACCCAGAGGCAAGAGCAGAGGCGGAGGCGACAUUCGGCCCUCGUCCAGGGAUG